AUGUUUAGGAUUUGUGCCAAAUUAUUAUCUACGAGAGUACGUUCAUAUCUAUCCCAGCUGUUCUGUUCAGCAUCUAUCUAUCUAUCUAUCUAUCUCAGUCUUUUCAUUAUCUAUCUAUCUAUCUAUCUCAGUAUUUUCAUUAUUUACCUGUCAAUCUAUCUACAUCAGUCUUUUCGUUAUCUAUCUAUCUAUCUAUCUAUCUAUCUAUCUAUCUAUCUAUCGAGCUAUCUAUUUACGUAUGUUAGUCUUUUCAUUAUCUAUUUCAGUCUUUUUCUUAUCUAUCUAUCUAUCUAUCUAUCUAUCUAUCUAUCAGACUUUUCACUAUCUAUUUCAGUCUUUUUUUCAUUAUCUAUUAUCAUCGGUCUUUUUAUCUAUUUCAGUCUUUUUAUUAUCUAUCUAUCUAUCUAUCUAUCAGACUUUUCACUAUCUAUUUCAGUCUUUUUUAUCUAUCUAUCUAUCUAUCUAUCUUUUCAUUAUCUAUUUCAGUCUUUUUUAUUUAUCUUUCAUCUAUCUAUCAGACUUUUCACUAUCUAUUUCAGUCUUUUUGUUAUCUAUCUAUCUAUCUAUCAGACUUUUCACUAUCUAUUUCAGUCUUUUUGUUAUCUAUCUAUCUAUCUAUCUAUCAGACUUUUCACUAUCUAUUUCAGUCUUUUUGUUAUCUAUCUAUCUAUCUAUCUAUCAGACUUUUCAUUAUCUAUUUCAGUCUUUUUGUUAUCUAUCUAUCUAUCUAUCAGACUUUUCACUAUCUAUUUCAGUCUAUUUUUGUUAUCUAUCUAUCUAUAUCUAUUUUAUCAUCUCUUUUUCAUUAUCUAUUUCAGUCUUUUUGUUAUCUAUCUAUCAGUCUUUUCAUUAUCUGUCUGUAGAGCUAUCUAUCGAGCUAUUGAGCUGUCAGUCUUUUCAUUAUCUAUCUAUCUAUCUAUCUAUUUUACUCAGUCUUUUCAUUAUCUAUAUAUCUAUCUCAGUCUUUUCAUUUUCUAUCUGUCAAUCUAUCUGCUUGGUUCAGAGCCCUCUCUAUGUCUUUCUUUUUUCCUUUCUUUCUAUGCUUCUUUCGAUCUAUCUAUCUAUCUAUCUAUCUAUCUAUCUAUCUAUCUAUCUAUCUAUCUAGCCCAAUCCUUGCAUAUCUAUCUAUCUAUCUAUCUAUCUAUCUAUCUAUCUAUCUAUCUAUCUUAG